AUGGAGUCUCGGUCACGGCCCUGCGGCCGUGACGCGGGCGGAAGGCAGACGAGGGCCCGCAGUGGCAGCAGCUGCAGCUGCAGCAGCGGAGGCGCGGCCGAAUGCGGCGGCGGAGGCGAUAACGACGCAGACGCCGCUGUUGCCGCAGCCUCGUCGCCCGCGCGAAAACCGGCCUCGCUGCCUUCCUUCCGGCAGCAACACGCGGAGGAAGCCACGGCCGCAGGGACGCGGAGUCCGUGCUGCGGCGACCACGACACGGACGCGGCGGCGGCCCGCCCUGCUACCAGCGGCAGCGGCAGCGGCAGCGGCGACGAGGCGGAGGCGACGACGGUCACUGUGAUGGUGCCAACGAUGUUCACCACCGCAGGCGGACGUCGCAUUUGUGUGCGGGAGAAGCGGCGCCUUGCCCGCGGCUCCCCGUACUGGCGCCUGCUUUUCGAGUGCCCCGUGCAGGGGACGGCCGCGCCGCCCUCCCACGCCGACACGGAGACCGGGCUGAAGCGGCGGAAGGUGAAGGACGACGCCGACGAGGCGGACCUGUCGCAGUGCGGCCUGCCGCCGGCGUGGCAGCGGCGCCCACGCGAGGCAAACGCGCUGUUUGCGCCUUCGCUUGCCGUGUUCCCUCAGCGGCCCCGGGCGCGCUCGUGCCCGCCGCCAGUAUCGAGCGACUGCGGGGCAUCUGCGGAGAGCGGCGGUGUCACGUUCACCUUCCCUUGCUCCUCCUUCACCAGAGCCGACGGCAGCAUGAUUUAUUUCGCUGGGGCGCGCCGCGGCGCAUAG